AUGUGGGUCGCCAGGCAGUUCGUUACAUCUGUAGCGCAAAAAGCACAGCCAGGAUUAUUUCGACGGAUCCCACGAAGCUCCCUCCCUAAAUUUGAGCUCCGGUAUCUGCAGUGUACAUGCUGCUGGAAGUGCCGCAUCCCAGUAUCUGGUUUUGAGACCCUAAACGCCUCCAUUCUCGGCCCUGUUCCCUGUAAAGACGAUGAGAGCAAGACCCUAGACGCCUGCUAUACGCCGGAGCAAAGGGAAACCAUCCUAAAGCUUCUUAACAAUGCAGCGCUCCCUGAACUGUCCAGUGUCAAGCUGCUUCGUGGGCGCAAAUCCCAUAACAUUGUAGAGUACAGGACCAGAAAUGGACCUUUUAAGACUCUGGAGAGUGUUGUGAAUGUACCACUACUCAAACACAAAAGUGCAGUGGUUGUGUUCAACUCCAUCCUCAAUCCUGUCAAAAAAGAGCGAAAGGUUAAGAUUAAUCUGGUCAAGUUUAUCAGACCUGAAGUUGACAGGUCAUGGCUAGAGGAUGCUGGUUCUAUAGUUUCCAUCGUGUGUGGGACUAAUAAAAUUGCCUGGGCCCAUGUUGAUCGUGGAAUGACUGUCUUGGAUUGGCAGCAGAUGGAAUGUCCCAACUUUCUGAAGGGAACAUACAUCGCUUCUUUUUACCUCAGUGAUGUUUCUGCAGUUGUGGACCAUCUUCCAGAAGCAGAUUUCUACAUCAUAGAGAAACCUUCAAUCUCAGUUCAGAAUACAACCUUGUUCCCUAUAUUGGCUCAUAUGAGGACAGUAGAGGCCAUGCUUUUUGCUCUGCUUGAGCCAAAAGUGCCACAACCAGAGCCAAAUAUCCCUCCAAGGGUAUUAAACAUGAUGCGCACAGCUGUGGGGCGACACUUUGGGCUCAUGGUGGGUGAAUCUCGGACCAGUGGAGCACAGGCCGUGAGACAGCUCAUGACUGAGUCGGUCACUCAGAAGUUGCCGAGGAUAAACUUCCCUUCUGAACUCUUGCUCAAACACAGGAACUCGUUUCAAAUGGCAAGCAGGCGCACUGGGGAGGAGCUGUGUGAUGCGUUGCUUCAAGCUGUGGCCUUUUAUGAGCUGCUCAGUGAAGCGUCUGGUUAA